CUGAAGCUCUCCAGCCAGGAGGCAGAGUGGCCAUUGCUGGCAGCCCACCAGAGCGCUGUUCACACCCUCUGCUCUCCCUGCCCUACAACCCUGGGCUGUGCUGAGAGCUUGUGCCUUCCUCCUCCUCCUCAGAGCCAGCAAUGAAAGUGGGCAUUCUGCAGAGGCCCAUGAUGGGCAUGGGCAACCUGAGCUGGCUGACCUCUGAAGCUGAUCCUGAACAUGAAGAAGCUUGGGAAGGGCAUGUGCACAGGAGUGCCAGUACAGUUAAGAGGCCUGCAGACCAAUCAUAACAUCUGUGGUGUGGCAAGAUUCUUGGGAAGGUAAACAGCUGAAGGUGGCCAUCAUUAUGAACCUUCCUCUAGUUUUCCAGUUCUGCCUGGGCAAAAUUGAGACCACACCAGGAUAUGAUGGUUCCUUUGACAUUUAUGACUACAAUGCCACUGUGGACUACGAUCACUUUGAGCAGCCCUGCAACAAAGAUGACGUGCGGCGGUUCCGCGCCACUUUCUUGCCCGCCAUGUAUUCCCUUGUGUGCUUUGUGGGACUGGUGGGCAAUGGCCUGGUCAUGGUGACCUACAUCUACUUCAAGAGGCUCAAGACAAUGACAGAUAUCUACCUGCUCAAUCUGGCCUUAGCUGACAUCCUGUUCCUGCUGACUCUUCCUUUCUGGGCGGUCAGUGCUGUCAAGUACUGGAUCUUCAAAGCAUUUGCCUGCAAGGCCAUCCAUUGCAUCUGCAAGAUGAGUUUCUUCAGUGGCAUGCUGCUCCUCCUCUCCAUCAGCAUCGACCGGUAUUUUGCCAUUGUGCAGGCCCCCUCAGCCCACCGCCUCCGAUCCCAGAGAGUGGUCGCCAGUAAAGUCACCUGCCUCUUCAUCUGGAUUCUGGCUUUCAUCCUCUCCAUCCCCGAACUAACCCACUGGGAUGUCUACCAGCUUAAAAAUGAGCAACCACGCUGCACCAUUGUAAAAGGCAACUUGCUGGCCUUUGGCACUGGCAUCAGAAUAUCUCAGAUGGUCUUUGGCUUUUUGGUGCCUCUUCUGGUGAUGACCAUCUGCUACUGGAUCAUCAUCAGGACCUUGUUGCAAGCCCGCAGCUUUGAGAAGAACCGAGCCAUCAAAGUCCUCCUUGCAGUCGUGGUAGUCUUUGUUGCCUUCCAGCUGCCCUACAACAGUGUUGUGCUUGUCCAAACCAUCACAGCCUUCAACAACACCCAAGGCCAGUGUGAUGCCAUGAAGCGCCUGGAUGUGGCCGACAACGUGACCUAUAGCCUGGCCUGUUUCCGCUGCUGCCUCAACCCCUUCCUGUACGCAUUCAUCGGCAUCAAGUUCCGCAAUGACCUGCUGCGGCUCCUCAAGGACAUGGGCUGUAUCAGCCAAGCCAAGCUCUGGCAAUGGUCCACCUAUCGGGAGAACAACAGAGGUUCCAUUGCCACUGAAACUGACACCACCACCACUUUCUCCCCAUGAAGGGCUAUGAGCAGUGGGGCAGUCAUAUUGGACUGCCAGUGAAACUGACCUCAGGACCACCGUCUUCAUUGGCCAACAACAGGGACUGUCCAAGGAAACUUUGGAUUUCAUUGAGCGGGGAUGUUUUUUAUAGUGCUGGGCGGGACCAAAAGGCCACCCCACCCUACCACUCCUCCACAGAUCAACUCGCAUAAUUCAGACCGCCAUGUGUCACAAAGCAGAAGAAACUGGACUGCAAAAAGGUGCUCCAGUAAGUCAGCCAAGCUGCGAGCUGCAGGGAUAGGCAAAAAUUCUCCGAGAACUAUAAGACAAAGCCUAAGAUUAAAUUUUGCUGACUACCAGUAUAAGGUGGCGACUGAGUCCUAUACCCAGAAUGCAACUUGGCUAAAGAGCCAUGCAAAUAGAACUGUGACAAUUCAGCUUCUUCAGCAAACUGAGAAGCAAGUGUAGAGCAGUUGGAAGGGGAGUGAUGGCAUUUGUCAGUCAUUUCUUUUCUUUUUUGUAAUUCACAAGUUAUUGUUAUACAAAGAGCAGUGAAUCAAAAAGUUAGAAUAGCCCCAGAGCCCACCUGGCUCAAACCCCUGCCUGCAAAAGCAUGGCCAACCAUAUUCUAGACCACGAUCUCCACCCAGAUCAACCUAUGAGACCCAUAUGCUUGCAAGCAAAGCUCACAAGUGACUCAAGCAAGAAAACAACAUGCUGCCUAAAACACUGGUGACAUCUCUUGUCUCCUGUACAAAAGAUACAUUUAAAAUGGGAACUUUGUAGAUGCUUGAUUUGUGUACAAAAUCU